GUAUCUUUCAGGGAAACCUAUUAUUAUCAAUGUGACUCCUCGGGGGAGUCAAUGAUGGUGUUAAGGAGGAGGAGGAUGAUGAGACGUCUCUAAACUUGGAACAAGUUUAGGACUUUGAAAGAGAAGAAAAAAAAUACAACCAACAAGACGGAAGAACAAUUAUAACUAUCCUGUGUUGAUUAUUUUUUAUAAACGAUAAGAAAAAGUUGUUGGAUUUUUUUUUAAUGGUUACUUUUUGGGGGAGGGAAUUUUGUUACAGUUUAAGGAUGGAAAAUGCAAAAACCAGGGCCAGGUGCAUAAUCUUGUAAUCUGUGGCUAACCCUGGAACAGGACUGACUACUACUUAAAAUACUCUUUUGGGGGAAUACACAUGUGAGAUACUAAGUACUUGCAGAAGAUUUUUGUCUUUUUUUUUUUUUUUAAGUCUCUUUCCUUGGAAUAUUGUGAGCAAAUUUGUGGCCACUGAAGGUUUGUGUGAUUUGCUAAAAUGCAUCACCAACAGCGAAUGGCUGCCUUAGGGACGGACAAAGAGCUGAGUGAUUUACUGGAUUUCAGUGCGAUGUUUUCGCCUCCUGUAAGCAGUGGGAAAAAUGGACCAACUUCUUUGGCAAGUGGACAUUUUACUGGCUCAAAUGUAGAAGACAGAAGUAGCUCAGGGUCCUGGGGGAAUGGAGGCCAUCCAAGCCCGUCCAGGAACUAUGGAGAUGGGACUCCCUAUGACCACAUGACCAGCAGGGAUCUUGGGUCACAUGACAAUCUCUCUCCACCUUUUGUCAAUUCCAGAAUACAAAGUAAAACAGAAAGGGGCUCAUACUCAUCUUAUGGGAGAGAAAACGUGCAGGGUUGCCACCAGCAGAGCCUCCUUGGAGGGGACAUGGAUAUGGGCAAUCCAGGAACCCUUUCGCCCACCAAACCUGGCUCCCAGUACUAUCAGUAUUCUAGCAAUAACACCCGGCGGAGGCCUCUUCACAGUAGUGCCAUGGAGGUGCAGACAAAGAAAGUCCGAAAAGUUCCUCCAGGUUUGCCCUCUUCAGUCUACGCUCCUUCAGCAAGCACUGCCGACUACAAUAGGGACUCGCCAGGCUAUCCUUCCUCCAAACCAGCGGCUAGCACUUUCCCUAGCUCCUUCUUCAUGCAAGAUGGCCAUCACAGCAGUGACCCUUGGAGCUCCUCCAGUGGAAUGAAUCAGCCUGGCUAUGGAGGGAUGCUGGGCAAUUCCUCUCAUAUUCCGCAGUCUAGCAGCUACUGCAGCCUGCAUCCCCAUGAACGUUUGAGCUACCCAUCCCACUCCUCAGCAGACAUCAACUCCAGUCUUCCUCCGAUGUCCACGUUCCAUCGUAGUGGCACAAACCAUUACAGCACCUCUUCCUGCACACCUCCUGCCAACGGGACGGACAGUAUAAUGGCAAAUAGAGGAACUGGGGCAGCAGGCAGCUCCCAGACUGGAGACGCUCUGGGGAAAGCCCUGGCUUCGAUCUAUUCUCCAGAUCACACUAACAACAGCUUUUCAUCAAACCCUUCAACUCCCGUGGGCUCUCCUCCUUCGCUCUCAGCAGGCACAGCUGUUUGGUCUAGAAACGGAGGACAGACCUCAUCAUCUCCUAACUAUGAAGGACCCUUGCACUCUUUGCAAAGCCGUAUUGAAGACCGUUUAGAGAGACUGGACGAUGCAAUUCACGUCCUCCGGAAUCAUGCAGUGGGCCCCUCCACAGCUGUACCCGGUGGCCAUGGGGACAUGCAUGGGAUCAUUGGACCCUCUCACAAUGGAGCGAUGGGUGGUCUGGGCUCAGGGUAUGGAACUGGCCUUCUUUCAGCCAACAGACAUUCGCUCAUGGUUGGGGCCCACCGCGAAGACGGCGUGACUCUGAGAGGCAGUCAUUCUCUCCUGCCAAACCAGGUUCCGGUUCCGCAGCUUCCUGUCCAGUCGGCAACUUCCCCGGACUUGAACCCACCCCAAGACCCCUACAGAGGAAUGCCACCAGGUCUCCAGGGCCAGAGUGUGUCGUCUGGUAGCUCCGAGAUCAAGUCUGACGAUGAGGGCGACGAGAACCUGCAAGACACAAAAUCUUCUGAGGACAAGAAAUUAGAUGACGACAAGAAGGAUAUCAAAUCCAUUACUAGGUCAAGAUCUAGCAAUAACGAUGAUGAGGACCUGACCCCAGAGCAGAAGGCAGAACGUGAAAAGGAGCGGAGGAUGGCCAACAAUGCCCGCGAGCGCCUGAGGGUCCGCGAUAUCAAUGAGGCUUUCAAGGAGCUGGGCCGCAUGGUGCAGCUCCACCUGAAAAGCGACAAGCCACAGACCAAGCUUCUGAUUCUCCACCAGGCCGUGGCUGUCAUCCUCAGCCUGGAGCAGCAAGUGCGAGAAAGAAAUCUGAACCCGAAAGCCGCCUGUCUGAAAAGAAGGGAGGAAGAGAAAGUUUCCUCAGAACCUCCUCCUCUGUCCUUGGCUGGCCCACACCCUGGGAUGGGAGAUGCUGCGAAUCACAUGGGACAGAUGUGAAAGGGUCCAAGUUGCCACCUUGCUUCAUUAAAACAAGAGACCACUUCCUUAACAGCUGUAUUAUCCUAAACCCACAUAAACACUGCUCCUUAACCCCCUUUUUUUUGUAAUAUAAGACAAGUCUGAGUAGUUAUGAGUCGCAGACGCAAGAGGUUUCAGCAUUCCCAAUUAUCAAAAAGCAGAAAACAAACAAAAAAAAUGAAUGAAAGAAAGAAAGAAAGAAAAAGUGCAACUUGAGGGACGACUUCUUUAACAUAUCAUUCUGAAUGUGCGAAGCGGUAUGUACAGGCUAAGACGCAGCCCAGAGACUGAAUGGCAAUCCUUCCACGCUGUGGAGCAAUGCAUUUGUGCCUAAACUUCUUUUGGAAAAAAAAUAUAAUUAAUUUGUAAGUCUGAAAAAAAUAUUUAAUUUAAAAAAAAUUGUAACCUUGCAAUAAUGAAAAAGUGUACUUCUGAAGAAAACGACAUGAACGUUUUUGUUGGCAUUCAAGUCAGCUAGUGUUUCUAAUUACCGGAUAUUGAAUAGGGGAAGCCCGGCUACCCUCAUAACAAAACCAGCAAACGUCCUGAUGGCAACGAAAUGAUGACAUUAGCCAUUCCUUAGGGUAGGAGGGACAGAUGGAUGUUAUAGACCUAUGACAAAUAUAUAUAUAAAUAUAUAUAUAAAUAUAUAUUAAAAAUUUAGUGACUAUGGUAAGCUUUUGUUCAUUUGUUUCAGACUUUUUUCUCCUGUAAAAAAAUAGUACUGAUUAACUUUUUUAAAAGAAAGAUUUUACUGUAAAUAUGGACUUUUUUUUUUGUCUGAUUUUUGUCCCUUCCCCCAGUUUGUUAUCGUAACCUGUAGUGCCAACUCUGUUUCCGGAGGGGCAGUGCAGGACGAAAUGCUGACCCUGAUGUUGCUUCUCAUUCAUAACUAGUAGAAAGUUGUUUCUCCAGUCUUUUGGGAACACAGGACUUAAAAAAAAAUCACAUCAUGUGUAGAAAUUACACGCAGCAUUGCCCGGGCAAGGCAAAAAAGGAAUUUGUCUGGCUUGUGGCGCUGCCCUUGUGACCCUCUCCUGGGAUUUUCCGAGGUACACGGUUAGAAUGCUACAAUGUUACCACUGUGCCUUCCAAUGUUUAUAUCAUCGGAAACAUAACAUAAUCAAAGUGGCUGUGAUUUAACAAAAUGAGUCAAGUGUUACCUACCUGUGUAGCCGAAGUAGUGUGCAGUGAGGCAUUUCUGAAUACAUGGUCAGAUUUUUGGAAAAAAUACAAAAACUUUAAAAAAAAAAAGUCGAGUUCAAAAACCGUCAAAUGAGAAAAUUGCAAGUAGGUGUGACCGAGCUGAUUGAUUUUGUUGCUUUCUUUCUUUUUUUUUUCUUUUUCAAAAUGGGUUUACUAAAAAGUAGAUGACUUACUUGCCUCCUCCUUGGUCUGAAAAAGAUGCCAACCAGUCAUGCAGCAUUACAACAAGCCUUAUAAGUCCUACAGCAUUACGUUGCACUUUCGUGAGGAGGGCAGUGCAGUAUUCUCUGGCCAGUAUGAAUGAAGUUUCUACUUAACCAUUUGAUAGAAACCUUGAUCAAACUAUGGCACAGCAACUCAUCAGAUAGCUAGCGUUGACUCUGGGCACAAUGAACCAAUUCCCAUCCUAAAUCUUGCUAGUGGUUGACUCCGGUGUGUAGUGCAGUGAACAGAUAGUGCUCCUACUUAGCAUUUGUCAGCAUCCUUUUGUCUCUAACUGGUUUCUAUUUUUACAGCCACACAAUCUUGGCAUGUAUUAAGAAAAAAAAAUCCCUGUUGAAGUAGUUUUUCCACCUAUCAGCACUGAGUAAAUGCCAUAAAUCCAUGGAAAUGGUCUAAAUGCCCCAUCUGUUGUCCUGUUUUACCAGUUACAUAGUGAUGAAACACAUUUGUAAAUUUUAUGCAACCAAUGGCAAACCUAUCAUUAUUUUGAAACUGUGUAUGUAAAAGUUAUAUUUUUACAUGUAGACUUGUUAUUAUGUGUUUUAAUACAUUGUAUCGGGUUUUUUUUUCCUAAACUGUGUGGUUUAAAAAAAAAGUCAAUUAAGAAAUAGUGAGCUACAAGAAUCUGAAAUUUAUGUUCAUUUCUGAAAAUGUAAGAACAAAUAAGAUAGUUACCACGUGGUCACCUUUUACAAACCCAUAAACAUUUUGAUUAGCUCCGUGUGUGCGUGUGUGUGCGCGUGUGUGUAUGUGUGUGUGUUGAAAACUGUAAAUAUGUUCAGUAGUGAUAAAACUAAAAUGCUUUGAUUUGUUGAUAAGUUCCUAAAAUGUGGAGGUGGAUUGAAAAUGUAGGAGAAUAGCGGAAAUCAGAUUUCAUGAAAAGUUCUUCGGGGGCUUUCCUGUGAAAUGUGCGAACAAAGGGGCUCAAAAAAAAAAAAGGGCAUGGAAGACAAUAAUGUACACUUCCCCUCCUCCCGAAAAGAUGGAAACCAUGUGUACUUGUUCUCUCCCCAUGGUAAAGAUUUCCUUUUCGUGAGACAUUCUGCACUCAUUUUGUAUAGUCUACCAAGGCGGGUAUCCCUAGGAACAUUGUUAUUAUAUAGGAAGCAGGUAUGCUCUGAUUACAUUCAGGAGACGUGUAUAGAAGAGAAUAUGGUGUUUACUCUUUAGGGAACUGGAAAUCCUCCCUGCAUCGAUGAACAUUUUCAGAAUGGCACUUUUGAUACAUGUUAUCGUAAAGGUGCUUACUAAAGCUGAAUUAAAGUUUUUCAAAUCUGUAAACAAAGCAAAAAAAUUAAAUUAUAGUUAUUUGACUUUUUUUUCAAUUGGUGCUUUUAUAUUUUGUUCUCACUCAAACAGAGGAAAAGCUGCAAUUUCUUGUUCACCAGCUUUGAUGUAUUCAUUACUUGUAAUGUAAUACGGCUAUUGUCAAAUUCCUUUUGGAAAUAAGCAAAAGACUCCCUAAAGGCCACCAGAAGCUGCUGGCUGUAUUCUGCUUGGUGGAGAAACAUGAUCUGACCCUCUCUGUAGUAAUUGGGUUGUAUCUCCAGUUUGAAAGAAAAAGAAAAAGGGAAUGUGGCCUUCUUAAUGUGUUGGUUUGUUUUUUUUUCCCUUCUUGUUGUUAUUUUGUAAUUAUCAAACCCAGGUAAGAUAUUGGUAUUCCUGCACUGGAUUCCUGAGAGAAACUUAGCAGAAGACAGGAUUAAAAUGCUAUACGAACAUUUCCUAAGGGUCCAUACUACACUAGAUAUAGCUGAUGUGGCAACGCAUAGCUUAGGGAGCAGUUGAAGAGGCUCAGGCUGGGAAAGCAACUUGGAACAGUUGAUCCACCUCCACAUUCGAGUAAUUUAUGAAUAUGCAGAAUUAGGGAUCUACCCAUAUAGGAGUUCUUACCAUGUGUCUUCUGUGUAACUGUGAGGAACACUAAUGCUUAUACAACUGUCAGUUCACCCAGUCGUACAACUGAUUCCGACUCCGUCUUCCGAUUCCUUGUUUUAUUUCCUUUUUUCACUUUUUUUCCUAUGUCUUGAUUAUUAUUAUUAUUAUUAUUAUUAUUUGUGAUCUUUGUUUUGAUGAGGGGUUGGGAAGUGGGAGGGAGUUGAACUGAGACUUGGGGGUAAGAGGAUUUUUUUUUCAUCUUUGCAUCCAACAGGCAGAAUAUGAUCUGUGUCCAAAACCGAACUUAAGUCAGGAACGAAAAAUUCCGCAUAAACAAGCACAAAAGUGUAGUCUGCCAGCUAACUGGAAGCAAAAAUUAAAUACAUUAAAAAUAAAUAAAAAAAGGUGAAGAUGGAAUGUGAUGAAUUCCAAGACAAUGGGGCACCAAGGCCUGUAGGCCUCCUCUUGAUUUCGCUUUGGUUAUGUUUGUUUUCUUUCGAGAUGUUCUUUCUCAUGGGACUUGAAGUGACUCAUCUCUGUGCAGUGCUGGUUUUGCCAUAUGCUCAUUUCAAGUAUUAUAGACAUAUGUAAUGGUGAAAUAUAUGAACUGUGGCCUUUUUCAUUCUUGUUACUUGUGAUGCAAUUAAGUGAAGAUAAGAAAAAAAAAGCAGAGAUUUACCAUGUAUCAGUGCCUGGCUUUUUGUUAUAAAGCUUUGUCUGUCUAGUGCUCUUUUUGCUAUGAAAUAGACUGUAGUACACCCUAGUAGGAAAAAAAAACUAAAUUUAAAAAUAAAAAUAUAUUUGGCUUAUUUUUCGCAGGAGCAAUCCUUUUAUACCAUGAAUAUUACAAAAAAAAUUGUCAGAUUCUGAAUAUUUCUUCUUUGUAGAUUUUUGGAAUCAUUAUGAGUAAAAGUUUGUUACUUUAUUUUACUAUUUAAAAGAUGUUAUUUUACCAUGUGUUACCGAGAUGAAACUGUAUGGUAGCUUCUUUUGUUUGUUUUUGUUUUUGUUUUUAGUUGUAGGUCGCAGUGCGGACAUUUUUUUUUUGCGACUGUACACAUAGCUGCAGCAUUAAAAACUUUAAAAAAAAUUGUUAAAAAAAGAAAAAAAAGGGAAAACAUUUCAAAAAAAAGAUAAACAGUUACACCUUGUUUUCAAUGUGUGGCUGAGUGCCUCGAUUUUCCAUGUUUUUGGUGUAUUUCUGAUUUGUAGAAGUGUCCAAACAGGUUGUGUGCUGGACUUCCUUCAAGAGGCAGACAACCCAGCUUGGUCUAGACCAUUACCUGUCCCCAUCUGUAGUUAUUCGAUGAAGUCAUGUACAUGACCGUUCUGUAGCAAUAAAUGUGCCAUUUUUAUAAACUGUCUCUGACGCUCGUUUCAUUUCAUUUCUCAUUGUGCACACGACCCUCUUCUGUCAGAGCACAGCUUCAGCUCAUGUGUUCCAAGCAUUGGAGGUCCUGACAGUUAAACUAAACAUUAACAAUAACAACAGCAACAAAAAUCACAAAAGCAAAUUGAAAGGCAAAGCCCAUGGUUCCUUAAGAAGAGAUGCCCUUAAUGAACGUGAAGCAGGAUGCAUGCAAAACACAGAGAAAGCUGUCUAGAGGAUUAACUGAUUGAAGGAAUGCGAUUAAUGCACGCUUAACACAGAAGCUAUGCCCUUGAAGAGCCCUGAACUGCGCCCGUGUUUUGGGUUGUGCGGCAGGUGGCUGAGUCUCAGCAGCCCUAACCUUCCGGAUAUGUUGGUCGGCUGUUUGGCAGAACAUUCUCAGCUAGAUCUUUUCAGUCCAAGUAAAUAAAUAAAUGAAGCUCCAGGACAAUUUUAUUCUGUAUCACUUGGUAAAAGCUGCCUGUUGUUAUCCGCAGUACUAGGAUACUGUACUGAUGCUCUUGUAGACUAUCCCCACCACACCAGAUUCUGGUUGACUCUGUUGACUAUUAUCCCAGAUGGAAACAACCAGAGGAGUGUUAUUCUUUUUUUUUUUCUUCUAGCUUGUACAAACUGAUGUGUGCCACCUAUGGGAACAAAACUGUACAGAUUAAGAUUACGCAGUGUUAUGUACUGUACGUUACUAUUUUUGUAGAACGGACACCAGCCUGCUUUACAGAACUCGAAGGCUGCUUGGCAUUGCGCUGUAGAACUGAAACGUGGCCUAUGCAAUGAGAGAAAGCCUGUGGCAGAGAAGUUCUUAAUGGAAUGUUCUAACUGGGUGCGUGGGAUGGGGGGGGGGUUGUCUCCGAUGUUGCUCUUGUGUUCUUUCUCACCGGGUAUAGUGACUAGUUACCUGAAAGAAGAUGUUGUAAUGCCGUUUGGUUUCCAUGUAAAGUGCCCUCCCUCCAUAGCCAAAUGUUGGGAGUUUGUUUCUCCCCACCCCCACUUCCUUUUGGUUGGAUUGUUUGCAGAUAUUUAAAUUUUAUGAAUUUUCCAAAGAUUUUGGUUGAUAACCCCUUUAACCUUUUAAAUGAUUUGAGAUGUUCUUAUGUUCUUACUGUGUGUUUUAAAUAUACAUAAA